AUGAGAGAAGUCAUCAGCAUCCACGUCGGCCAGGCCGGCAUUCAAAUCGGAAAUGCUUGCUGGGAGCUGUUCUGCCUUGAGCACGGCAUUCAGCCCGACGGGCAAAUGCCCCCCGACCAGAGCCUCGGAGGCGGCGACGACGCCUUUAACACUUUUUUCUCUGAGACGGGAGCCGGGAAACACGUUCCGCGUUGCGUGUUUCUGGAUUUGGAGCCGACGGUGGUGGACGAAGUGCGCACUGGGACGUACCGGCACCUGUUUCACCCGGAGCAGCUGAUUUCGGGGAAGGAAGACGCGGCGAACAACUUCGCGCGGGGCCACUACACGAUAGGAAAGGAAAUAGUGGACCUGUCGCUGGACCGGAUCCGGAAGCUGGCGGACCAGUGCACGGGUCUGCAGGGUUUUCUGAUGUUCAACGCAGUGGGGGGCGGAACGGGCUCGGGUUUGGGGUGUUUGCUGCUGGAGCGUCUGUCGGUGGACUACGGGAAGAAGAGCAAGUUGAACUUCUGCUCGUGGCCGUCGCCGCAGGUGUCCACGGCGGUGGUGGAGCCGUACAACUCCGUGCUUUCGACGCACUCGCUGCUGGAACACACCGACGUCGCAGUAAUGCUGGACAACGAGGCCAUUUACGACAUUUGCCGGCGAAACCUGGACAUCGAGCGGCCGACGUACACGAACUUGAACCGGCUGAUCGCGCAGGUGAUCUCGUCGCUCACGGCCUCGCUGCGCUUCGACGGCGCGCUGAACGUGGACGUGACGGAGUUCCAAACGAACUUGGUGCCGUACCCGCGCAUUCACUUCAUGCUUUCCUCGUACGCGCCCAUCAUCUCCGCGGAAAAGGCGUACCACGAGCAGCUCAGCGUGGCCGAGAUCACCAACAGCGCCUUCGAGCCCGCGAGCAUGAUGGCCAAGUGCGACCCGCGCCACGGCAAGUACAUGGCCUGCUGCCUCAUGUACAGGGGCGACGUGGUGCCCAAAGACGUGAACGCGGCCGUGGCCACCAUCAAGACCAAACGCACCAUCCAGUUCGUGGACUGGUGCCCCACGGGCUUCAAGUGCGGCAUCAACUACCAGCCGCCCACGGUGGUUCCCGGCGGCGACCUCGCGAAGGUCAUGAGGGCCGUCUGCAUGAUCAGCAACAGCACCGCCAUCGCGGAGGUCUUCUCCAGAAUGGACCACAAGUUCGACUUGAUGUACGCCAAGCGCGCCUUCGUGCACUGGUACGUGGGCGAGGGCAUGGAGGAGGGGGAGUUUUCCGAGGCCCGCGAGGACUUGGCCGCGCUGGAGAAGGACUACGAGGAGGUCGGCAUCGAGACUGCCGAGGGCGAGGCCGAGGAGGAGGGGUACGGCGAGGACUUCUAG